AGGAAAAAAUUGUGUUGGAUCGGGUUGCCCGAGGCUUAACCCACCCACAGCUGUUUACCCGACAACAGUCCGGCCCAGGUACGCGCAUCUGAUUUCCCGGGGCUCUCCCAUCACCGGGGAGCUCGCAGUCUGAGACGAGCUAGGGUUUUGUAGAGACAAGUCAGACAACCAUGACUCGCUUGAACUCCGACCAGGUCUUGAAGGAGCAUCAGAACCGUGACCCCACCACCAUCUCAGAUCUUGCACUCAAUCACAAGGCUCUCUCCGAUGUGGCAUGCUUGAGUGACUUCAAGAACUUGGAGAAACUUGAUCUUGGCUUCAAUAAUCUUUCUUCUCUCGAGGGUUUGAAGGCGUGCCUUAAUUUGAAGUGGUUAUCAGUUGUACAAAACAAACUCCAAAGCUUAAAAGGAAUCGAAGGACUUUAUAAGCUUACUGUGUUGAAUGCUAGCAGAAAUAAUAUUAGAUCGAUGAAUGAAGUCAGGUCUCUUGUAGGGUUGCGUGCAUUAAUUUUGAAUGACAAUGAGAUUGUUUCUAUUUGUAAGCUUGAUCAAAUGAAGGACUUGAAUACUCUUGUUCUUUCUAGAAAUCCAGUUCGUGAAAUUGGUGAGUCCCUGGUGAAGGUUAAAACAAUCACAAAGCUUUCUCUCUCUAAAUGCCAACUUCAAGCCAUUGGGUCAUCACUCAAGUCAUGUACUGAUUUGAAAGAGCUCCGACUUGCUCACAACGAUAUCAAAACCCUUCCAGCUGAGUUGGCUCAUAAUACAAAACUCCAGAUUCUGGACUUGGGAAACAACUUGAUUACAAGCUGGUCUGAUCUGAAGGCACUUCAUUCCUUACUAAACCUGAAAAACCUAAAUCUACAUGGAAAUCCGGUUGCAGACAAAGUAAAAUUAACAAAUAAGGUAAAAAAAUUAGUGCCGAACCUGCAGAUUUUCAAUGCUAAACCCAUAGAUAAAAGCAACAAGUGUGAGAAGAGGGACAGAAUUGAUAGGGCAGAUGAUUCUUUGCUUGACACUUAUAAUGAGCUAAAUGCUCUAAAGGAAAGCAAGCAGGGCAAGAUCUCCAAUCAAUCUGUGGUGAGUCUUAGCCAAGACAAUCAUGUUGAUGAAGUUGGGGAAAUUAAUGUGAAGGGGUUGAAGCAGAAAAAGCAGAAAACAAAUGAUGAAUCCUCCAAGAGGACGGUUUCUAUCCAUAAAGAAGAUGGUGCCAUGGUUAAUCGGGAAUCUUACGGGAAGGGGUUGAAGCAGAAAAGGCCGAAAAUGGGCGAGGAAAUGGAUGACAAACUCUUGAAGAAGAAUGUUCACAAAGAAGAUAGUACCAUGGUUGAAAAACAGGCACAGAAAAAAUUGAAGGUGGAAGCAGAAGAAAUCAAUGUGAUUGACGAUGGAGAAACCCCAUUUGUGGAACUCUUUGCUUCUGAGAGUGUUGAAGAUCCCCAAUAUGGUGGGGAAAAGAAAGAUGGUAAAGACAUGAACUCCAUUGGUGGCUUAGUGAGCAUCCCAGCCAAGAGGAAGAAGAGUAAGAGGCAGGGAAAGGGUCCUGAACUCCAGUUCUUCACAUCAGCUGAAGUUGGACUGGGUGGACCAUCAACAUGGGAUGAUUAGUAAUUCUUCUGUGGAAGUUAAUGGCGUGGGCUGCGUAGCAUGGCAUGAUUCAUGUAAUCAGCCCUUGCACUGUCUCUUCUGUGCCUUGCAUCAUCCCAGGUAAAGUUUUGCUGUAGUCGGUCAAAUACUGAAGUCCAAGGCCUCUAAAAACUGCUUCUUAACGUGGUGGGAAAUAGUUGUCAGCAGGUGGUCUUAUAUUUAUAUGAUGAUACGUUAGGAGCUGUUUGGUUAAGGUUUUAGUUAACAUGGUGGUGGGAUAGUUGUAAGCAGGUGGUCUCAUAUUAUACGAUGAUAACUUGGGAGCUGUCUGGUUAAGCACUAGUGUUAUGUGAUGUUUGGAUUAAGAAUUUUAGUUUAGAAAAAAUGGAAAAGAAAAGUGAAUUUAUUUUU